CCGUCUCCUAGGCCACUAAGCUCUUCUGUCCCCUAGAGUGAGGCAAGGGGGACUGCAGAGCAGAACAGAACAGAAGCCUGAGCCAGACGAAGAGCCAGCGUUCCUCCCAGGAAAUUGGUUCUUCAGGGACAAACAUGGCCUGGAAGAUCACACCACUACUGUGCCUUCUGGUGUGUGUGGCUGCUGUAGGGGCAGCCCGGCCCAGGACUCAGCUUCUCAAUGUCUGCAUGAAUGCCAGGUACCAUAAGGAAAAACCAGGUCCCGAGGACAAGUUACACGGACAGUGCAGCCCUUGGAAAAACAAUGCCUGCUGCUUUGUCAACACCAGCAUAGAAGCCCAUAAGGAUAUUUCCAGCCUGUACAGAUUCGACUGGGACCACUGCGGCAAGAUGGAGCCUGCAUGCAAGCGCCACUUUAUUCAGGACAUCUGUCUCUAUGAGUGCUCACCUAACCUGGGGCCCUGGAUCCAGGAGGUGAAUCAGAGCUGGCGCAAAGAACGGAUUCUGAAUGUGCCCCUCUGCAAAGAGGACUGUGAGAGCUGGUGGGAAGACUGCCGCACCUCCUACACCUGCAAGAGCAACUGGCACAGGGGCUGGGACUGGACCUCAGGGUACAACCAGUGCCCGGUGAAAGUUGCCUGCCAUCGCUUCGACUUCUACUUCCCCACGCCUGCUGCUCUGUGCAAUGAAAUCUGGAGUCACUCCUACAGGGCCAGCAACUACAGCCGGGGCAGCGGCCGCUGCAUUCAGAUGUGGUUCGACCCUGUCCUGGGCAACCCCAAUGAGGAGGUGGCGAGAUUCUAUGCUGAGAGCAUGAAUGGGGCUGGGCUCCAUGAGGCCUGGCCUCUGCGUUUCGGCCUGCUCCUAUUGUUGCUCUGGCUGCUCAGCUGAGCUCCUAUUAUUUUCUGACACCUGGCAAUCCCUGCCCCGUUAAGCUCCACAGUCAGUUUGUUCUUUGGUGGAAACUAAAUAAAAAGUCAGUCACCCUA